AUGGACCAAAUUUUAACUAAAGCUAGUAACCAAGCUGUUUCAUUUGCUAUUAGAUCUGGUAUUUCAAUUGCAUCUGGAUAUGCGAUCAAGACUAUUUCGACUUUUUUAGAUAAAAUCCCAGAACACGAGAAACGUCGUAUUCAAUCGAAACGAAACAAACUCAAAACUAAAAUAGAUAUUGUUACUGUUACCAUAGAUUUGAUCAAAGUAGCAGCAGCAAGAGGUAAUACUGUAUUGGAAAGUAGUUUGGAUUUAAUUAAUGAUUUACAAGAAGAGUUUAAUGAUUUUGAUGAGAGGAUCAAUGAAAUUACAUCAAGUUUGAAUGGUGGCAACCAAAAGGAAUCGAUUAAAAAAGUCGAAGAUUACUUGAAUUCAUUGAUACACGAUAUAAAUGAAGCUAUUCCUAUACUUAAUUUAGUAUUAGUAACUCUGGGUGUUAAUUUGAAUGGGAAGAUCAAAACUCAUGGUAUAUCGCCUGGUAGAUUAUUACAAGCUGCAAAUUAUAUUCACAAUAGUGAUAAAAUCAUCGGACCAGUGUUUGAUUUAGUGGUUUAUUCUAUAUUUUAUAAUCCAAGUCGGUUAAAGUAUGUUGAAGAUACACCAACUGAUGAAUUAAAUGCAAUUACUUGGAAGGAAACCUAUGCUAGAAGUUCUGUUGAUAUAUUACAUGAAGGGAAAUUUUCUUAUAAAUUGACUAUAGAAGAAGAUUUUGAUGAUGGUAGGUAUCAUGAAGAUGAUGAUAAACCUGGAAAGAUAGUUAUUGAUCUAAAGUCUAUUAGGCUGAUGUUUUUCACCGCUUCAGGUACAUUAUUGCGCCUUGAAGGAAGAAAUACACCAGUUUUGAUUAUUAAAGUGGUAACAGAUAACGAUAUAGAAGAUUGGAUUGCAUUAGGUGAACUUCAUAAGGGUGAAUUCGAUGACAACGAAGAUGAUGAAGAAGAAAAUGAAGAUCAAAAAGAAUCUACUAGAAUAAAACAAAGUCAAAUCAAAAAUAGUUCACUUUCUUUGCUUGAAUAUCUCAUUCGUUUAUGUCGAUUACAACAGAUUGAAAUGAAGUCAAUAUUGGAAAUUCCAGAUGAGAUAUUGUCACUUUAUCUUCAUGAUGAACUGAGUUCCAAUUCGUCUGAUUUACCCAAGAGUAUUUCCCAAAAAAGAAGGAAGAAUUAA